AUGGCCCUUGACGACGAGUCGCCCGCAUCGAACCAGGACGGGGGUGGCAAUGGCUCCAACACUGGGAAGCGCAAGAGUGACGACCCUCAGCAGCAGCAGAAGCAGAAGCGAAAUCGCUACAUCUCUAUAGCUUGCAACGAAUGUAAGCGACGAAAGAUCAAAUGCAACGGCCAGACUCCAUGCCAGCGAUGCGGCAACCUCGCCCUGGACUGCGUCUAUGCUCCCAACUGCUGCACCUCCAACUUCAAGGAUACCGACGAGUUUCGAAAUAUGUCCAACCAGAUUGCCUCUCUUCAAGAUCAAGUCAAUGCUCUCUUUGCCAGCAUGAACACUCUGCGCGCAGACCUCGCUCACCAACAACCACCUAUCGAUCCUUUUUUGCAACAUCAACCCAUCAUGUCACACGAACAUGCUGCUUCCACCGAUCUUUCUCGAAGAAAGAGUAUGUCAGCACGACCAGCCUUCAGAGGCCCCACGAGUACCGAGUUCAACCUUGGCGUGGCCAAGAAUCAUCUCGAGACUAUAGGCAUUGCCCCCGCUGGCCCUGAAGACGAGCUAUUGCGCGAAGAGUCGCCAAGCGCACAUAUCCUGACUUCUGCUCCGCUACAUGCCACCAAGGAUCCCAUCUGGAAUGUCAAUCGCGACGAGGCUCUCCGCCUUAUACGUGUCUAUCAGGACGAUAUGCAUAUCAUGUAUCCUCUACUCUCCAUACCAGAACUCGUUGCCUACGUCAACAAGCUCUUCACUUUCAUGGAAUCUGCUCAAAGGACGGGCCUUAUGAUGAGAUCUGCUCCUGGAGCCGAUUCCAUCGAUGACGAAGAGACGAACAUACUCAAGAUCGUAAUGGCUACUGCCAUGGUUGUCGAGGGUUCGGGGAGAAGCGAGCUCGGCCGUGCCAUGUACGACUACGUGCAACCCUCGAUUGACGCUCUUUUUCUUGGUGAUACUAGCUUGAGAGGUGUCCAAUUGCUUGCUCUCGCGGCUACAUACCAGUUUCACUGUGACAACGAAGGCAUAUCAUGGCGCAUUAUAGGCUUGGCUGCUCGUUUCUGCAUCGAGCUUGGCUUACACCGUAAAGAGACAUACGAUCGCAUGGAUGAAGAGCAGCGCACCAUAGCCAUGCUUACCUUUUGGUCUGUCUACUGUCUUGACAGGAGGUGGAGUUUCGGCACUGGAAUGCCUUUUGCUCUACAGGACUCUGAUAUUGAUCCAAAUCUACCAAGACCGGGCGAGAAAUCACUUUAUUUGACUGCCAUGAUCGAACAUUUUGCCAUAGCCAGCAAGGUGAGACAUCUGAUAUACUCUGAUUCGAGCAGGAAACAGGUCAGCAAGGAGGAUGUGAGUUAUCUCGACUUCCAGAUUGUCAACUGGCACAGAAAUCUCCCUCAGCAGCUACAUUGGGAUAGAGAGUCCUGGAGCCAGACAGAUGGAGACGUUUCAGCUGGACAACAACGCCUCCGAGUCAUCCUCUACUUGCGAGCGAACGUUAUGCGCGUCAUGAUUCAUCGGCCCGUGCUACAUUCGACAGCGUCAAUUGUGAGCAAUCCCAUACAAGCACAGACAGCUGUAGACAUCGCCAAAGACACGAUCCGCAUCUUGACGCACAUCAACCGGACGAGCAGGAUGUAUCGAGCUUCGCAGAGCUUGUUCAAUGCGUUCCUUACGACAGCUUUGGCGGUGUUGUUCCUCGCAGUUUCACACAUGCCCGAGACAUAUGCAGGGCAGGUGCGUGAGGAAUUCUACAUGGCGCUAGAUCUAGUACGCGGUAUAUCAAAGGGGAGUUGGGUCAGCAAGAGGUUGUGGAAAACAAUUCGGUCGCUGAAGGAGGUAGGGCCGAAGCUCGGAUUGGUGACGAGCAAUGUGCAGAGCGACCCCAACCAUUCAGCAGCGGUCGCCAUGGCCGGACUUGCGGGACACAAGGUUGACGAGGGAGCAUUUCUGAACUCUGGAGGAUGGAACAACAUGGGAAGUGCAUCUUCAUGCUCGCCUGACGGGAUGGUACAUGACUUGACCAAUUUAUUUGAGGCGGCCGGAGGAUACACGAAUGGAUUUGGGAGCGGCUUCGGGGCAGGGGUGCAUCAAAUGGAUGAAAGUGGGUUCGGUGGCGAGGAUGAGUUGAGCAGAAUUCUGCGGGAUCUGUUCUGA